AUGUUAACCAUUGUAUGUACUGACGAUAACUGUAAGUGGAUGUUACGUGCUUCGAGUGUGAAGCAGUCCGCCAUCUUCAUGAUCCACAAAUUCAACAAUUUGCACACAUGUUCCAUAGAUUAUCGUCGUAAUGCAUAUCAACAUGCCACUAGUUCCGUAAUUGCUGAGCAGAUUAUGGGGAAAUUGGAUAAUACGUACGGAUCGUAUGAUCCUACUGCUAUUGCUCGUGACGUGGAACGUGAGUUUGGUGUGAAAAUUAGUUACCAUCAAGCACGUAGGGGAAAGGUCACUGCUUUACAUUUGCUACAUGGUACAUCGGGUGAUAGCUUUCAAAAACUUUCUUCGUACUGUCACGUCCAAGGAGAGAGUAACCCGGGGACAGUAACACACAUCAAAGUAGAUUCUCGUAACAGGUUUCACUACCUUUUCCUAGCUUUCGGUGCAAGCAUUCGGUGUUACUUGCACUACAUCAGGCCCGUUAUUUGUGUUGACGACAAUCACUUGAAAGGUCCGUACAAAGGUACCCUUCUACUGGCAACUGCCCAAGACGCCAACAAACAAAUUUAUCCGUUAGCGAAAAAUAGUAUUGAAAAUGUCAUUGCUCACCUAUUUCAUCGGGGCUCACCACGGGUGCUUUGUUUGGCAUAUGGAAAAGAAUUUAAUCCAGCGUUUCGUAGGGUUAGUGCAAGAGCGUACGGGUACUUGGAGCGAGCAGGUUUCCCAUUUUGGUCACGUGCACUAUUUGUUGGCCAACAGUACAACAUUUUGACCAACAACAACGCAGAAUCUUUGAACUCAAUGUUGAGACAUGCCCGUUUGUUACCGAUCAUGUGCUUAGUGGAACACAUUCGGCAUACUAUGCAAAAGUGGUUUUAUGAACGUCAAGCAAGUUUAACUGCAUGCAGUACCGUUCUGUCACCAACGAUGGAGAAUGAGUUACAGACAACGUUCGAAGCAGCUGAAUCGUAUGCCAUGCGUUCAGGGAACCCGUGCUACUUGUUUGAGAGGAAUGUUCUACCCGAAAUUAGAGGUACUCCUAUUAUGCCCCCUAGUGUGCGUCGUCCUCCAGGUAGACUACCCACACGACGUAAGCGAUCCAGAUACGAGUACACCACACGGCUCAGGAAAUGCACUCGCUACGGUGGACUUGGUCAUAACCGAACCACAUGUUCGAACCACACUGUAGCACGUCCGAUGUAA